AUGUCUGUCCAUGAGAAAAUUUCCACAGCAGAUUUGAUGGAGAACCUCAGGGAAGAGCUCACCUGCUUCAUCUGCUUAGAUUAUUUUAGCAGUCCAGUGACCACCGAGUGUGGGCACAGCUUUUGUCUGACGUGCCUCCUGAAGAGCUGGGAGGAGCACAACACACCUUUGUCUUGUCCCGAGUGCUGGAGGACUUUGGGAGCCCCUCAUUUCCAAGCCAAUGAGCGCCUGGGACGACUGGCUAACAUUGGCAGACAGCUCAGAUGCCAGGUGCUGCUGAGCGAGGACGAGCAGAGCAACAGUGGGAGAGCACCGGGGCCCAGUAGGGUGUUCUCUGACGAUGAGCAGAGUGUCAUUAAUUUCUCACCUCCAAAUCAUGGCAUGAACAGGGUCUAUUUCUCAACUGAGGCUGAGGAGCAGCACAAAGAAAAACUCCAGGACAUCGUAAAUAUUUUACGGAAAAGGAAGAAGGAAGCUCAAGCCAUUCUGAACCAUGAGAAGGAGCGUGUAAUGCUGUGUAAGGAGGAGACAAAGACCUGUAAGCAGGUCGUCGUGUCUGAGUACAUGAAGAUGCACCAGUUCCUGAAGGAAGAGGAGCAGCUCCAGCUCCAGCUUCUGGAGAAGGAGGAAAAGGAGAACGUGAAGAAGCUGAGGGAAAACGAGAUCCAUCUGACCCAGCAAGUCCGCCGCAUCAACAAAAUGAUUGGUCGGAUCGAGUCCAUCUAUCAGAACUUGACCUUAGAGUCUUUUGAGGAAGUCAGAGGAGCCAUGGAUCGGUAUGAGUCCCUGUUGUUUCAGUGUCCAGAGACAACCAUCACGGAACUGAGUCUGUGUCGCAUCACCGGGAUGAGGGAGAUGCUGAGAAAAUUCAGUACAGAUAUAACUCUAGAUCCAGCCACAGCCAACGCUUACCUACUUUUGUCCGACGAUCUCAAAAGUGUGCGAUACGGAGGGACCAAACAGCAAUUACCUGACAACCCCGAGCGAUUUGAUCAGUCUGCCACUGUGUUGGGAGCCCAGAUCUUCACCUGUGGGAGACACUACUGGGAGGUGGAAGUGGGAAAGAAGACGGAGUGGGAAGUGGGUAUCUGCAAGGACUCUGUGAACAGAAAGGGGAAUCUCCCCAAACCUCCUGGGGACCUCUUCUCACUCAUAGGCUUAAAAAUCGGUGACGAUUAUAGUCUCUGGGUUUCAUCGCCCCUGAAAGGUCAACAUGUCCGAGAGCCAGUGCAUAAAGUUGGGGUGUUCUUGGACUAUGACUCUGGACACAUAGCAUUCUACAAUGUGACCGAUGAGUCCCUCAUCUACAGUUUCCCUCCAUGCUCUUUCCACGAAGCUCUCAGACCUAUCUUUUCUCCUUGUCUCCCAAAUGAGGGAACAAAUACAGACCCUCUUAUCAUCUGCCACAUCUGA